GAAUGUUUGCCACGUGAUCGCGGUCUAGCUGCUGGCGCUCGUGAGAGCGAAAGGCAGGGAUGACGGAUUUCAGCAACUAGCGAGCUCGCUGUGUGUGUCCGAUGAAUGCUGAAUAGGACUCCGACAUAGCUGAAUAGUAACUGUUUUUCUCUUUCCAUCUGGCCCAUCAAAUGUACCUAGGGUCGCAAGUCGGACGCUCGGAAAUGAACAAUUUCUGAGUUUUGAUUUACGAACUAGGAAUGAGACAAGUGUGUUAUCGGUUCUUUUUGUUUCUUGCGAACGCCGUGGAUACGAGGCGGAUUUUAUUGAGUAAAAUUUUGAUUUCAAAGUUAUAGCUUCGGUGAAGUGCAUGAAAACAGCAAAGCGACUUAAGAGAUGUAAAUCAACCAAGUCAGUGUUUCUUAACUCAAGGAUUAGAUUUCUUAUUGCCGGCUAACGAGACAACUUGCUGUUAGCUACAGUGUGGAGCGGCACGGGCGUCGCGGAAUUCAUCUGCACAGUGGAACUUCAAUAAAAGCCAGGAGUGCACUGGAGGCAAGCAGGCACGCGCCUUGGAACGAGCGUCUCGCAACAAAGAAUCAAAGUUAUUUUCUUUAUUUCAUCUUUUAACAAUCGCAUUGUUGCGUUACGGCCUGAAGAUUUUGUUUUGGAAUCUUAGUCGCUUGACGUUCAUUUUGUUGGGGUUUAAUACUUGCGGCUUAUUACGACUCUACCGCUGCGGCUCGUUUUGCAUAACUCGGAGACCAAUCUCUUAAACACCGAGGACUGUGAAUCGAUGGACAGUACAGCAAAAUAUUCUUUGUAUGGCAGUAUUUUCGACGUCAACCUGUAUGCCAUUUUCAAAUGAAUGUCGGUGACUUGUAUACUCCUAAGGAUUAAUGUGUACUUCCGUUCGAUGCAGUUCCAGCGUUCAUUUGAGUAUUUAACGAUUGGUUACUGCAAUAUUUGAAGGCGUGUAUUUGAAAAAUCAAAACAUGUUGAAGUCGUUCGCUUUAUAUAGUGGGUAUAUGUGGAACUUUUUCCGUGUUUAGACUGUUAGUACUGGAUAAAAGACCAAAACCUUUUCCGUGCCUUGUCCACUGGACAGUCGUCGAAUCCUUCAUGGUUCCUUAUGGUUUUGGCAUUUUCCCACGGAUGAAGUUAAGGAUCACCGACUGUAAAUAAACGAAUAACCGGUCCACUUUGUCAAAGUAAAAGCUAUUAAGGAACUGCCUUACAACCGUGGAUGUCUACAAUGUCAGUUGCACCUAUUUGCAGUGUAACUCUUCUGCUGUGUGCCAUCGUGCUCGUUUCAGAUGUUACCAGUAAAGUGCAGCCCACCAACUCGGACACCCUCCUCUCAGUGUCUGCCGCCAAUGCUGUCUCCAUCCCACCCAGCGUUUACCUCCCAGCCAACUUCAAACUCUCCAAUGCUCAGCUGGCCUUCUUUUUACGAGAAAUCAGGUCACCUUCGCAGGUCAACCAAUACGGACACCCCCUACAGCGCUCCGAAAGCUUUGUCGUCUUCCAAACCAAGGAAUUACCAGCAGUUAACAUCACCUUUGGACCUUUUUCACAAGACCAGACCCUUUCAAAAGACCUCCUGCAGCCGUCCAGCCCCUUGGAAAUUCCUAGUAGGCUUACAGUCAACUGGAAGGUCCGGGCUUUCAUAGUGCAGACCAAGGUCUUCUCUAGCAACCCCAAUGUCCAGGUGCUUUUCUACAUUGCUGGCCGAGACUGGGAUGACUUCAAUGUCCUCAACAAGCUCCCUUGCGUCCGACUUCAUGCCUUCAGAGACGUUCGUGAGAUUAAGACGUCCUGCCGGUUACGUGGGAACCUGGCCCAGUGCCUGGCUCAACUGGAAAUCCCUUCAAACUGGUUCAAUGUCAAUGUGGCCCCUCUUGGUCGACGCAAGGGUACCGAGGGGCUGGAACUGAGUGGAGAGACCCUGCAAGCGGAGCUGUACUACACCGUCCAUGAACCGGAUGCAAGUGGCGAGUGCGGGGAUGGCUCUCCACGCCGGGGGGGAUCUCGGGGAGAGAUGCCCACACAGCACCCCCUGCUGCGCAUUGGGAGCAUCAGCCUGUACCAGCCCAACCAGGAGCAGAUGGUGGUAGACAAACAGCUGGACAAGAACAUGUUUCUGCGGCUGCCAGAGAAACCCCUGAAACCUGGAGAAACCCUUAGCAUCUUCCUGUUCCUCGUGCCCAACUCAACCGUUGAGCAGUUCACACUCAAGGUGAAGGCCAAGAAAGGGGUCAAUCUCAUCACUACGAGAUCCCAAAGCCCCCAGUGGAUAGUGAAGUGUGAGGUGCAGUCCGGGGCCAAGCACUCCACCGGGACAGUGGACGUCAGCAAGAACAAGGAUGUGCAACUUGGCGAUGUCACCUCUGCUAUUGAGAUCAUGCAGCUGGACUUCGAGAUGGAGAACUUCACCAGCCAGUCGGUGACCCGACGAAUUAACUGGAACAUUGACUACCGUGGUCAGAACACACCUCCGGACUCAGACAAGGUGGUGACGGAGCUGACUGUGGUCCAGAAGGACAUUCAGGCCAUUGUCCCCCUCUCUAUGGACACUGAGAUCAUCAACACUGCAGUACUGACCGGCCGGACAGUCGCCAUUCCAGUGAAGGUUGUUUCCAUAGAAAUGAGUGGAGUCGUCACUGACAUCUCACCAAAUGUGGAAUGCAAGUCUGCCAAUGAAGAUAUUGUCAAGGUCUCCAUGAAUUGUGACUACGUUUUCGUCAAUGGGAAGGAGAUGCGAGGGUCGAUGAACGCCAGGGUAGUGUUCAGCUAUGAGCACCUGAGCGCCCCCCUGGAGCUGACGGUGUGGGUGCCCAAGCUUCCCCUUCAGCUUGAGCUCUCGGACAGCAAGCUAAGCUACAUCAAGGGCUGGAGAGUCCCCAUACUGCCUGAUCGCAGGACAACCAGAGACAGUGAUGAUGAGGAUGAAGAUGAUCGCAAGCUGAGCCGAGGCUGCACUCUCCAAUACCAGCACACCCAGGUUAGGGUGCUGACCCAGUUCCACACCACGUCAACCGAGGGCACUGACCAAGUUAUCACCAUGCUUGGUCCAGACUGGCAGGUGGAUGUUACCGACCUGGUACAGGACUCGCUAAAAGUGACCGACCCUAGAGUGGCUGAACUUGUGGACCGCACCAUCCUUGCAGGCCUCGAAGUUGGAAGUACUACACUUAAGGUUGAGUCUCCGCUCGUCAUGGAGGCCAUCUUGGGGGAGAUUUCCUUCUCUGUCACAGAUGACAAAGUGUCUAUUGUGGAGCUGCGAGUUCACACCAUCUCAGGCCUGUCUCUGAUGCUACAAUCCAGCCCCGGUAACAGCCACACAAUGGUAGCCAAGGCAACGGGCUUGCAAACGCUUGCUGCGCCCAAACAGGAGGCAGUCCUUUCUAUCUGGGCCUACUACAGUGACAACACAGCAGUGCCUCUAAAUAUCUUUGACUCUAAAGACUAUAAUCUGAAUGCAUCUACCCUCGAUGAUAAGAUUGUAACGGUAUCCCAAGACCCGCAUCUGCGAUGGCCAGUCAUCACAGCCGAAGGCGAGGGAUCCGGAGAGGUAAUCCGUGUAGAGAUGACGAUCAGCGAAGCAUGCCAGAAGACCAAACGCAAGAGUGUAAUCGCAUCCUCUCCAGUAUAUGUUCGGGUUCGCUUUGGGCCUGAGGAGGACUCUGAAGAGGAGGGCGAAGGCAUGGUAACUCUCCAAGGCCAUGAAGAAUCACCAAACACAAGGAGACCACUUAUUGAUUCCAGUGUUGGUGAAAGUUAUGGAGCAACAAAUGAGCAACCUGCCAGCGUUCCUAUUGACUACACUAACUUUCCAACCAUCAGCAGCCAGGAGCGGCCCACAGAAGGAGAUGAGGAUGAGGAGGACUUUGUCCAUGCACCUCGCAGUAUGACUGACCUGGAAAUAGGCAUGUACGCCCUCCUGGGUGUUUUCUGUCUGGCCAUCUUAGUGUUCCUCAUCAACUGUAUCGUGUUUGUGCUGAAGUACCGCCACAAGCGCAUACCCCCCGAGGGGCAGGCCAACAUGGACCACUCGCACCACUGGGUGUUUCUGGGAAACGGGCAGCCUCUACAAGCCCAGAAUGAUCUCUCCCCGCAGCAGGUGGAGAGUCCCAGUAACCCUGUUGACUCGGUACAGACUUGCUGUCACGGAGACCAUCACAGCAGCGGAAGCUCUCAAACAAGCGUGCAGAGCCAGGUCCAUGGCAGAGGAGACGGAAGUUCAGGGGGGUCCACCAAGGAGUGCGGAGAGGAGCCCAACUCCCCCACCUCGAAGCGGAAGCGGGUCAAGUUCACCACCUUCACAACCCUCCCUAAUGAGGACAUGCCCUACAACUCUAUUCCCAUUGCUGAUGAGGAGGACAUUCAGUGGGUCUGUCAGGACAUGGGCUUCCAGGACCCUGAGGAACUGCAUGACUACAUGCGUAGGAUAAAAGAAAUAGCCUAGUAGGCGGUGUGGUCCACCACUAAGCUUUCUAGAACUUUCCUUUCUGAAUUUCUCUUUUCUCACUUUAGUCAGGAUACCUUUUCACGAUCCAAGGCCAACAUCUUGUUUUUGUUUUGUUUUUUUUUUUUGACUAGCACAUUACUAUUUUCCAUGCUCAUGCUCACUUGGAACAGUCACAGUUGCUUGAUAUUUUUUUGUUUUUGUAAGACUUCAAACCGGAGUGCAAAAUGGCUUUGUGUGGCACAAUUCCUCUCAACCCAAAAUGGAACAGUCUAUCGACACAUGGACCAGUUCCUGUUAAGGAUGAUAAUGCCAGACUGUUACAGGCUGAACUGUUUUAGGCAGAAGGGGUUAAUUCUUGUGUGUGUAUGUGUCUAUUAAUAAUCAAAGUACCUCUUCCUACAAAGAGGAAUUUGAUGUGCAGAUCAGAAAUUCAGAGAAUGUUGGGAAGGAUGAUUCAUGGUAGCAAGGACAAGUUGAGCUUCAGUAUGUUCCCUCUUGUCAGUAUCAUUAAGUAUUCAUAAAAGCUAAUCUUUCUGCACACAAUUCAAGUCCCUAACAUUGCUUUACUUUUCCCCCCUAUUUUUUUAUUUUAUGCAUACACAAUCCUCAGCCAAGUUCUGUGCAGACUUGAUGAAAUGAUGUUAAUGGUCUCAAAUUGCCUUAUUAAGCUGACUUUUCAGAUUACGCCAGACUGUUUAUCCCAUUAUCUAUUGGGGGUAAUGGCUACUGAUAACAGCAAGGAAACACAAGAACGUCAUAUCUUUCCCAACAUUCUUUGCAUGGUAGAAGAGCUUUCGAGGCACAAUCAACAUUUUUUCCCAAAUUUGUAAAUGUUUGUAUUGUACUAAUUAUCUAAUCAUGCAUACACGAUAAUAAAGCAAGUAUGUUAUCAUGCA